GUAGUUAGUAGCUAUAAUUCGCACACAAUUAAAAUUCCUCAUUAUUUAUGUGUAUCAUCUAAAUUCCAUUAGAAAAAGUUUAUAAUUUCAUUCAGAAUAGAUUUUUUGUUUUUAUAAAAAAAAAUUCUAAACAUUUGAAUGUCAUUUUUUACAAUAUUUUAAUUAUAUAACAUAACUUGAACGUGAUAAGAGAAACAAAAGUUACCAAAAAUUUUUUAUUCUAACUUGUUGAUUUGAAAACCUUCAUCAUUGAAUAAGUAGUUGGUCAUUGCGUUUAACAAACUUCGGUAAUAAAUAAAGUGCAACUAGUUGAAUGUCAUGACUUUCAAAAAAUCACGCUAAAGAGCAUAACAAAAACAAACAAGUAGUGCAAAUCGAUCAAAUUGAGAGCAAUAACACGUGGAAAUAUUAGUAUUAAAAACAAACAAACAACAAUCAGAGCAAAGAUGAGUCGUUUUGAUGUUUCGGAUUAUAAUGCUGCCGAACUUAAUGAUGCAGUAGAUACGACGAAUUUCCCACGCAGCAACAGUAUUACCUCAAAUGGAUCGGGAGUUCAUCGUUAUUUCGGUUCUCGAAACAAUUCCAUCUCUGAAGAUAUUGGAAAUGGAAAUGAUACAGAAAUUUCGAAAAAUAAUGAUAAUGACGACAAGGAAGGCGUAAACGGUGACUCGAAAACAUCAAAUAUUCCCAUUUCGGCAACGAGUACUGUGUCGGGAUUCAUCAAACGACCUCAUCCGAGCCCUUUAAAAGUUCGUGGAUAUUCUACAGAAGAAAAAUUCGAUAUUCCCGGAACGCCAAUUACGCCUCGAACUGCUACGACGCCAGGUCACGAAAAGUGCACUUUUCAUCACGACAUGGAAUUAGAUCACAAGCCUUUGACACGCGAAGAUUUGUUGCCUGAGAUGGCACGUUCAUAUAGAUUGUUGUUGAGCGGAUUAGGAGAAGAUCCAGAUAGACAAGGAUUGUUGAAAACUCCCGAAAGAGCUGCCAAAGCUAUGUUGUUUUUCACAAAAGGAUAUGAUCAAAGUUUGGAAGAGGCCUUAAACGGUGCUGUUUUUGAUGAGGAUCAUGACGAAAUGGUUGUUGUCAAAGAUAUUGAAAUGUUCUCCAUGUGUGAGCAUCAUCUUGUUCCAUUCUACGGAAAAGUCUCAAUCGGAUAUUUGCCUUGUAAGAAAAUUUUGGGAUUAAGUAAAUUAGCAAGAAUCGUCGAAAUCUUUUCACGUCGCCUUCAAGUACAGGAACGCCUUACAAAGCAAAUUGCCGUCGCAGUAACACAAGCAGUACAGCCAGCUGGUGUUGCUGUUGUCGUUGAAGGAGUUCACAUGUGCAUGGUAAUGCGAGGCGUUCAGAAAAUCAACAGCAAAACUGUGACAUCAACAAUGCUCGGAGUCUUCCGUGAUGACCCAAAAACUCGUGAAGAAUUCUUAAAUCUCGUCCAUUCCAAGUGAAAAACAUUCGCAUGGGGAACAUUAGUCUCGCAAUGAGACUCAACGACAAAAAAAUUAGUACAAUGAAGGAUUUUUAGUUGCAAUUUUAACACGGAAAAGGGGUCCAACUAUAAUUUUUAUCAUAUUAAUUUUUGUUCUACUACUUUUAUUUGUUUUUUUUUAUCAAUUUGCUGAGCAAACUUAUGAUUAUGAGAAUCAAUAUCGUUAUUAAAUGUAUAAAAAUGUUGUUGUAAUAUCAAUCAAAAAAAAAUAUAUAUGAAU